GGGCUCAACCCUGCGAAGCCCAGGAUGUGCUGAGCCGCGUGGAGCAGACAGCGUCGGCCCUGGUUCCGUCUGGGGGAAGCCCGGUGCCCAGGGAGCCUCGGGGCUGGUGGCUGGGAGCUGGCAUCUGUCUGAGAGGCGCCGGAAAGGCCGGCCGCAAGGCCCCCGAGACAGGACUCUGUCCCGCGAUUGGGAUCCCCUUCUUGCGAACCGUGCUUCCGACACUGACGAAACCGGGGCCUCCAGCACUGUGUGAAGUGAAGUGGAGUUUCGCUCUCCCUUUUGCCAGAUUAACACGGAAACAUCAAUAAUUUUUUGGCUGUGAUUCGUAAUUUUUCCUGUCCCACAGGUUGGGUCGUUUGUAUUCAGGCUGCCCUCAGAACCCUUCAGCUGAAACUCCAGCAAAACAGGCAUGAUGGCUGUGGACACAAGAAACUCUGCUGGCCAGCUGUGCCAAGCCCUAUGGGGUCAGCAGGGGCCUGUGAUGGUGAAAGUGAAGUUGGAGGAAGAACACCCCAGGAAUCAGGGUCUCAGCCUUGCAGAGAACCAGCCUCCUGCCUGGGAGAUCUUCAGGCAGCAGUUUAGACACUUCUGCUACCAGGAUUCCCCUGGACCCCGUCUGGUGCUGAGCCGGCUCCAGGAGCUCUGCCAUCAGUGGCUCAGGCCAGAGACACAUACCAAGAAGCAGAUCCUGGAGCUGCUGGUGCUGGAGCAGUUCCUAUCCAUCCUGCCCCAGGAGCUCCAGGCCUGGGUGCAGGAACAUCAUCCAGAGAGCGGGGAGGAGGCAGUGACCAUACUGGAGAAUCUGGAAAGAAAGAGAAAUGUACAUAUAGGAAGAGACUAGUCUAAUGUGGUUGCGGGGAACUGGGAGCAAAACUUUCUCAAGUGGAGGCUCUGAGAGAACAGUGGGAAAACCUAGCAUUCAUCAGGGAACUGAGCUUCUUGCUAAGCCAGUCCUGUAAGGAGGUGAACGGUGGGAAACAGCAGAUUCGGGGAUGGUAAGUAAAGAUACUAAAGGCAUUCUAUAAGCAUCAUGCUCCUUACUUUAUUGGUCAUUCAACGUUCACAGCAGCAAAGAAGUAGGUGGUAUCACACAUGGAAACUAAGUUCAGAGAGGUUGUGUAACUUGGCCAAGGACAUGUAGCCAACAAACGAAGUGACAGAAACAAGAUUUGAUCAAACUUUGCUUUGCUUACUUUUCUGGCUGCUUCUCAGCACCCUAGGCACUGGUUUUUCUCUUCUUCCUCCUAGUCUCUCUUGAGGGAUGUUUCUUGGAGACUCCUUCCUGAGGUUUAGCCCCUGUUAAAUUC